CGCACUUUCCCGAAGGGAGCGCGGGCGCUAGUUGCCUCCUUUAAAGUUUGAGGGGCGGUGGCGGCGGCCGGCAGGCGCGGGGGAACGCAGGGUCCUCAACGGGAGUCGCGCCGCCGCCCAUGUCAUUCCACUUCAAGUGACUUCAUGUGAUGUCAGCUGAAUGUAAAAGACAGUGAUCUCACGCGGAGGGGAAGAUGUUUGCCAUCAAAAUGUGACAGAAGAGACACGCUGCAUGGCUCGGAACGCAUCUCCUUGGCGGUGGGGGAAAGAGGUAAAAGCGAGAUGGUUCUUCCGGCCCUCUUUAACUUUGCUCUUUCAGUGCCCAGUUCCCAGCACGCGUGGCGGAGGCCUGGGUCCAGGGAAGGGCUGGGGAGUGUUAAUUUGAGACUUCUUUCUUCUACCCCUUCUCCUUUCCUUUGUACAGCCUCCCCCUUCUUCCCCCUUUCAUAGUCCCAGGGCAAGAGCUGGUGGGUUCCUUUGCGCGCCGGGUUAAUGGGCGGUAAUUUGGUACCCUUGGGUGCACUUUGUUCUGCUUCUGUUCAUUUGAAUGCAAAUGGGUGACCGGGGCCGACUAGGUGCUUAUUAAAUUGCGGUUUCCCCCCUGCCUUUUCCGGAAUGCAGACUUAGAGGAGAGAGGCUGUGCCCUGGCCCAGCCUGGCUCAGCUUGGCGCGCCAUGGCCAGCUCAGCUUCCCUGGAGACCAUGGUGCCCCCGGCCUGCCCGCGCGCUGGAGCGUCACCGGCCACUUCUAAAACACUAGCUUUCUCUAUCGAGCGCAUCAUGGCCAAGACGUCCGAGCCCCGAGCGCCUUUCGAGCCCCGGCCUGCUGCAUUAGAGGCAGACAGCAGCCAGAGCAAGAAACUGCUCAACCUCUGCUCGCCGCUGCCCUGUAUGAUCCCACUCCAGCCUCUAGGCUACGAGGUGCCGUCCAAGACGCUGCUCAGUUACUCGGAGUUCUGGAAAAGCAGCCUCCGGGCGGGCGGCGGUGGAGGAGGAGGCAGCGGCGGGGGGGCCCCAGUGUGCGGCGCCAGCGGCUUGUGCAAAACCAACUGUGGCGUGUGCUGCAAGGCCGAACUGGGCCUCGCGCCUUCUGCGCUGCCCGCCGGCAGGGUCAUCAAACCGCAGGUCAUCAACCAGGCUGUGGGGCUGCCUGCCAGCGGCUCCCUCUACUACUUCAACUACCUGGACUCCACCGCUUACCCACCAUCGGAGCUCCUCGGAGGCCACCUUUUCCCGUCCGGCCUCCUCAACGCACAGGCCCCCACUUCCCUGGCUGCUCACCCCAAGCUUUUUCUGCUGGAGAACGCCAAACUGGCCAGCCUGACUGCGGACAAGUUCCCCCACCCAGCUUCCUAUCCCCAUAAGGAGCGCUUGCAUGCGCCACUGGAGCAGGUGCUGAAGGAGAACUCGGCCUUGACAGCUGAACGAGGGGGAGUCAAGAGCCACAGCAAACUCCCGGGGGGUUCCACUGACAGCAAACCCAAAAACUUCACCUGCGAAGUGUGCGGCAAGGUGUUCAAUGCUCACUAUAACCUCACCCGCCACAUGCCUGUCCACACCGGAGCUAGACCGUUUGUGUGCAAAGUCUGUGGCAAAGGCUUCCGCCAGGCCAGCACUCUCUGCAGACACAAAAUUAUCCAUACCCAGGAAAAACCACAUAAGUGUAACCAGUGCGGCAAAGCCUUCAAUCGCAGCUCCACGCUCAACACGCACAUCCGCAUCCACGCGGGCUACAAGCCCUUCGUCUGCGAGUUUUGUGGCAAAGGCUUUCACCAAAAAGGGAACUACAAGAACCAUAAGCUCACCCACAGCGGCGAGAAGCAGUACAAAUGCACUAUCUGUAACAAGGCCUUCCAUCAGGUCUACAAUCUGACCUUCCACAUGCACACCCACAACGACAAGAAGCCUUUCACGUGCGCCACUUGCGGCAAAGGUUUUUGCAGAAACUUUGACUUAAAGAAACAUGUGCGCAAACUUCAUGACAGCGUGGGUCCCUCCGCCACCCCCUCAGCAAAGGACCUAGCCAGGACAGUUCAGAGCUGAGAACUACUGCCUUGUCUGUUCCUCCUGCCCUGUAUCAACCCAAGCAGAUCUCACGUAUAAACUUAUUUCUAAAAUUAAAAGAAAAAAAAACUAUA